AAAUCAUAAUGCAGAGAUUAAAGCUCUGAGCCACAUGCAACGAUUCCUUCCAUUUCCUUCUAGAUUUUCUCGAGAAAAUUUGUUGGUGAAAAUUGAAGCUAAAAAGAAAACAUUAAACCACUAGCAUCGAACAAUCCACACUCUUUCGAGAACAUCUCCCAAGCAAUUUUUUUGGUCAGCUGAAGUGAUGGCAAAUGAUUCUCGAACAAGUCGCAAAACUAAGGAUGAUGACAUUAAUAAUUCUAAGGGCAGGAACAUUCGUGGCAAAGGAUCAUCUACUUCGGCAUCUGCAACAACAGAUAUAUCUGGUUUAAGAAGGUCAGCUAGAGAAACACCAACAAAGAAACUGUUGAAUCCAAGCCCUUCAAGCACGCGGAAGUCUGAGCGACUUGAGAAACAGACACCAGUUACUCCUCCUGUUAAGAGGAAAUCUGAGAGAGUUGAGAAGCAGAGGAUGCCAAGUCCUUCGAGGAGGUCUGAGAGGGGUAAGAAUCACCAGUCACCAAGUUCUUCAGGAUCAAAAAAGUCAGAGAAAACUUCUGGUUCAUCUGAGAUGAGACAUAAAAAGCAAAAAAGAGAGAAAAGUGUGAAAGAGGUGACCCUCGAAGCUAGAAAAGUUAGCAAAAAUGAGGAACAUGAUUUGGAAUCUGUUCAGGUGAAAAAGAAAAGAAUGGAUGCACGUGCUUAUAGGGCAUUGCUCAGGCGCAAGGUUAAUGAUGCAGAUCUUGGUGGGAAGAUGAGAAAACCAGAUAAGUUGUUUCAAGAAGAUAGCAGCGAUAGCAGUGAUAGUGGUUCCAAACAAGUUGAGGAUGGGAGAACCGAGUGCAGUGGAAGAAGAGAAGAUGAAUUGAAUGAAAAAUCACAGGACAGAGCUCGUGAGGGGCCUGCAGAGGAAUCUAAUUGUAGUUUAAGAACAUUCACAACUGAAGCUUUAGAAAAUCAUGGCAGAGUAGAAUUGUCCUCAAGUCAGAAUGGCUGUUUGAAGGGAACACUUGAGCAUGAAGAGCGAAAUCCUGUAGAGGAAGCUAAAGGUACUACUGAUAAUGCUGAGAGGAUAGAGACGCACUCCUCUCCAGCUGAAAAGCUGCAAAUGCCAGAGUUGAUAGAUUCUACUUCUAAUAGAAGAUCACUUGAUGGUGGUGAUGGCUUGAAACUUACACCUGUUAAAAGAAAGAGGAACACAUUGGACAUGGAUUCUGAUGCUUCUGAAAGAGUUCCAAGUAAGGAUAUCUGCACCCCUAUUGCUGAUCCUGUUUCUACAUCACCAACAGGGUGCACAACAAAUAAAGUUGUUGAGACAUGUGGAGUAUGUUCUAAAAGGCAAAGGGUAGACCAUGAUUCACCAUCCCAGGAGUUCUGCUCUUGCAAUACCAAAAUAAACCAGGACUUAAAUGACAGCUCUGCUCAUAAGGAUAGAGGGGAACCUGAAGGAUGUAUGACCACAGGAUGUGCUGAAAAAUGUGAAAGCAAGAUAAAGGAGAAGGAGUUUCAUUUAGAUAGUCAAACUGGCGAUGACCAUAAUACAUGUGUUGUCUGCAAACUUGGUGGAAAACUCUUGUGCUGUGAUGGAAAGGGAUGCAAAAGAAGCUACCACCUUGCUUGUCUGGAUCCUCCUUUGGGGGAGAUUCCACCCGGAAUCUGGCACUGCAUGCUCUGUGUCAAAAAGAAGACUGAAUUAGGUGUACAUGCAGUAUCAGAAGGAGUAGAAUCAAUUUGGGAUACAAGGGAAGUGGAGUUGCCUAGUGCUGAAGGAGUGCAAAAGCAGAAGCAGUAUUUUGUUAAAUACAAGGGCCUUGCUCAUGUGCACAAUCAUUGGAUACCAGAAUCUCAGCUCCUUCUUGAGGCUCCAUCUCUUGUGGCAAAAUUCAAUCGAAAGAAUCAGGUCAUAAGGUAUAAGCUAGAAUGGACUGUGCCACAUCGUUUGCUACAAAAAAGAUUGUUAAUGCCCACAAAGCAGCGUGAUGGCUAUUAUACUGGGCGGGCUGGUGAUAUCCCGGAUUGCCUCUAUGAGUGGCUUGUGAAAUGGCGUGGUCUUGGUUAUGAGCAUGCUACAUGGGAGCUAGAGAAUGCUUCAUUUCUGAAUUCACCUGAAGCUCAGAGCCUUAUAAGGGAGUAUGAAAAUCGUCGCCGAAAAGCAAAGAGUGCUUCUGAUCCUUCCAUAACAGAUAAGGGAAGGAAAGCUUCGUUAGUCAAACUUUCGAAGUUGCCUGGUGCAGGUUCAAUUGGAAUUGAUGAUAAUCAUCUAAGCUGCGUUAACAAACUUCGUGAGAAUUGGCACAAGGGGCUGAAUGCUAUUGUCAUUGAUGACCAUGACCGUGUUAUGAGGGUCGUUUUGUUUAUUUUAUCUCUACAGGCUGAUGUCUGUCGGCCUUUUCUCAUCAUUUCAACUUCCAGUGUCCUUCCUCUAUGGGAAGCUGAAUUCUCUCGUUUGGCAUCAUCAGUUAAUGUUGUAGUUUAUAGUGGAAACAAAGAUAUAAGGAGAAGUAUAAGGACAAUGGAAUUUUAUGAGGAAGGGGGUUGCAUUAUGUUUGAAGUGCUUUUGGCGCCUCCUGAAGUCGUUGUUGAGGAUUUAGAAGUGUUAGAAUGCCUGGGAUGGGAAGCUGUCAUAAUUGAUGAAUGUCAACGCCCCAGAAUUUCAUCACAUUUUGCAGAAUAUAGGAUGCUUGUGGCUGAUUUAAGGCUUCUUCUUUUCAGUGGUCAGAUAAAGGAGAGUACAUUGGAGUUUGUGAAUCUGCUGUCAUUUCUUGACUCUGGCAAUGAUGUAAAUAGCAGCAAUGUUUUGAAAACUGACUACAAUGACAGUGUUAGUAUAUUAAAGGAGAGGUUGUCACAUUUUAUUGCAUAUGAUUGCAAGUCAGACUCUUCUAGAUUUGUUGAGUAUUGGGUUCCUAUUCCAUUAUCUAAUGUCCAACUUGAGCAAUAUUGUGGUACUCUACUUUCAAACACUAUAUCACUUUGCUCAUGUUCAAAGAAUGAUCCUGUUGGGGCUCUCCGUGAUGUUCUUAUAUCUACUCGAAAGUGCUGUGAUCAUCCUUACAUCGUGGAUUUGUCUCUGCAAAGCUUUCUAACUAAAGGUCUUCCAGAGAUCGAGUACUUGGAUGUUGGAAUAAAUGCAAGUGGCAAGCUUCAGCUUCUUGACAGAAUGAUUUCUGAGAUAAAAAAUCGAGGUUUAAGAGUGCUGAUCCUUUUUCAGUCAAUUGGUGGUUCUGGAAGGGAUUCCAUUGGAGAUAUUUUAGAUGAUUUUCUACGUCAAAGAUUCGGGCAAGAUUCUUAUGAACGAGUUGAUGGAGGUGGAGUCCCAUCCAGGAAGCAAGCUGCUCUGAACAAGUUUAACAACAAAGAGAGUGGGAGAUUUGUGUUUUUAUUAGAAAUCCGCGCUUGUCUUUCAAGCAUCAAACUUUCAUCAGUGGACACUAUUAUUAUAUUUGACAGUGACUGGAACCCAGUGAAUGAUUUAAGAGCCCUAAACAAGAUCACUAUUGAUUCACAGUUUGAAAAAAUUAAACUUUUUCGUUUAUAUUCACCUUUUACUGUGGAAGAAAAAAGUCUAAUCCUUGCAAAGCAUGAUAUGGCUCUUGAUAGCAAUUUACAGAACAUAAGCAGGAGUACUAGUCACAUGCUACUCAUGUGGGGUGCAUCGUAUCUGUUCAACAAACUGGAAAAGUUUCAUGGCAGUGAUAUUCCAGACUCCAGAACGGACACUUCCUCUGAGCAAUCACUUUUAAAAGGUGUAAUGCAGGAGUUGUUGAUCCUACUUCCUCAUAAUGGUGCAAAUAUUGAUUUGAGCAACUCCUCUAUCAUUAUAAAAGUUAAACAGAAUGAAAUAUCUUACUGUAAGAAUGUAACAUUGCAUGGUGAGCUGGAAAUUCAGUCAACAGAUAAAGUGCCACCUCAUGUUUUUUGGACAAAACUAUUGGAGGGAAGAUAUCCUCAGUGGAAAUAUUCAUCUGGGCCAUCUCAAAGGAACAGGAAAAGAGUUCAGUAUUUUGAUGAGUCCUCAAAGAGAUCAGAACAUGAAAGUGAUGAGGUUGUAAAGAAGCGCAGGAAGGUGGAUAAAGGAAAAUUGGUUUCUGGAGACAAGGAAGGAGCUUCUGGAAUCUCAGCCAAUAAUGAAUCUCAAUCCUUGUCCAGGCCAACUGCUUGUAUGCAUGAUGCACCUCAUGCAAACCGUGCUUCCACCUCUCCUCCUUUGGUUAGUGACAUCUCAGAGGCAUCAUCUGAAAUUCACACAAUUGAGUUUGAGGGAAGAAGAAAACUGCGUGAUGCACAGAAGAGUCUCCAUCUUGUUUUGGAGACAGAUAUAUCAAAACUUUGUGAUAUUCUACAACUUUCAGAGGACGUCAAGGGUAUGGUUGGGAGGUUACUUGAAUAUGUAAUGAAUAAUCAUCAUGUCAACAGGGAACCAGCAUCCAUAUUACAGGCUUUUCAGAUAUCUCUGUGCUGGACUGCUGGUUCUUUGAUGAACCAUGAAAUUGAUCGCAAGGGAUCGCUCAUGCUUGCAAAACAGCACUUAGCUUUUACCUGCAAAGAAGAAGAGGUAGAAUAUGUGUACUCAAAGUUGCAUUCUCUGAAAGAAAAAUUUCAAUACCAAAGUGAGAAUCUGCGGGUAGCAGAUUCUGAACAAGAUCUCAUGUCAGCAAGUAAAGGAUAUUUGAAAAACCUUUUGCAUGGUAGGGAGUCCUGGGAAUUGAACCAUACAAAGGUGAAAGUAGAGGCUGAAGAGAUACCACUAGCUCAGGAAUGCUCAGACAAGCAGGUCUCAUCCCAGCAGGGACAGGCAGAAAUUGCAACGGUUGAGAAUGAAAUCUCAAAAAGUAUCAAACGAAUUCAGAAGAAAUGCAACAAGAAGAUGAAAAAACUCCUUUGGAAGCAACAGGAAGAAAUGAAAGAAUUAGACAAAAUCGAUGAGCAGGAAAAGGCACAGCUGGAGAAUGAUCACAAAGUGGAGUCUGCGCUUAUUCGCUCUAUGUAUGGUCUUCCAUUGAGAACAGAUAAACUUAAGAUGUUGGAUAAAGAUUAUGCAAAAAAAUUUGAAGAGCACAAACGGCAGAUGAGCGUGCAGAUUAAAAAUCUUGAGGCAAUGCAUCUGGCUGCAAGGAAUAAGGAGAAGCAAGAAGCAGCUCGUUGGUUGCAAGCAGUGGAGUCAUGGGCACAAGAUGAAUUGUUACGUAAGCUGCCUUUGAAUGAUUCUGCGUGUAGGGUGGAAGACUCACAGAGUGGUGAACUAGGUAGAUGCCAUGCUCCAACAAGUUUUGCCUCUGGCCCUGCUGCUUUUUCCAAAGAACAAAGACAGGGAAUGACCCAGGAUGAGAUGGGACAGUCUGGAGUUCAUGAAACUGUUCCCAGUAACUCAGUUUCCAGCAGUUGUCCGAUUGAAAUUUUAACUCUUCCAGUAAAUCCCAGUAGUAAGGAUGAUAGGUUGGCUACCAUGGCCUCAGAGAAAGCAUCAGUUACCGGAUUUGAGCAGCACAACAGAUCAGGCAGUUCCAGUAAUGGUCCUGAGAACAUUGUCUCUGCAGAUCCGCCUUCUUCAGAAGAUCAUAUUCCUGAUGGAGCCAUAUCAAGUUUUCCAGAUAGAGGGAUCCAGUUGGAAGUUCCUGACACUUGUCCUGAUGAAGUGGAGGUUGGUGACUCCAAUAGAGAGAAUGAUGAAGCUGAUACUAUUGCCUCAAAUAGAACAAAUUCUGUUGGAGGAGGUGACCUCCAUGAUGAAGUAAGUAUAUCCACUAAUGGGGACUCACUUUCACAAGAGUUAUCUCUGGUAAAUUCACUACCAGUGCAGCCACUUACCUCCACUGAAGGUGCUGAAUUGCCCUUAAAUCAGGCACUUCAAGCUGAAUGUUUUCAACCAUCCUCUUCUAGUGGAAUGCCAGAUGAAGUCACCACAAUUGGUGGAGAGCAGGACACUCUGCAACAAGUGGAAGUAACAUUGCUACAUCCAAUCAAUGAUGUUCUAUCUGAGCAUACUAAUUGUGAAGGAAGCCGGACUCAACAUAAUGUAUCUUCAGCUAGUGGAAUCGAUCAUCAGCCAUGCACUGAAGGGCAUUCCUCUUUCCAGAAUGCUCAGGUGCCAACAGAACCGGUGGGAAUUCCAGUUGAGCUAUCAUCAAAUCAAGCUAUUUCACAACCUAUACCACAAUUAGCAGUUGAAUGUCAAUUGAGCAGCGAAAGGCAUACUUCUUUUCAUGAUGUUCAGGCUCCUGCUCGACUGGUUGAGAACCCAGUUGAGCUUUCAAAUCAAGCUAUUUCACAACCUUCUAUGAAUUUGGAAAUUGAACAUCAGCCAAGUGGCGAAGGGCAUGCUUCUUUCCAGAAUGUUCAGGUUGCACCACUGUUGGGGGAGAACCCGGUUGAGCUUUCAAAUCAAGCUGCCUUACAAACUGGAGCAUAUUUGGCAACUGAACAGUCAAGCAGUGAAUUAGGUUCUUCUAUCCAGAAUUCUCAGACUCCAACACGACUAGUUGAGGACUCAGUUGAAAAUACGUGCAGAGAAGGAGGUUCCUCUUUCCAGAAUGCUCAGACUCCAACACAACUGGUUGAAAGCUCAGUUGAACUUUUGAACCAGGCUGUUUCACAAUCUGUGACACAUUUGGCAGUGCAUCAGCCCAUUGAUACUCUUGCUGGAGGUUCAGACACAAGAACUACACCCAUUAUUCCAGGACUCAGUAACCGUCCAAUACAAACUGCCCCACCUGUGCCACUGCGGAUGCCUCUGCACUCUGACCCACUUCAAAACGAAUUGGAAAGAAUGCGCAAAGAAAUUGACCAAACCAUCAAAAUCCAUGAAGACACGAAGCAGCAGCUGAAAUCUGAUUGUGAAAAGGAAAUAGAGGAAGUUGUUGCUCAGAUUCGUGGGAAGUAUGAUGCUAAACUUCAGGAUGUUGAGGCAACUUUUGUGCUGAAAAAGAUGGAACUGGAUAUAAAUCAGAAAAAAGUUACCAUGAAUAAGAUAUUGGCUGACGCUUUCAGGUCUAAAUGCAUGGAUGUCAAGGCAUCUGGAGCACCAGGUGUGCAACAAGAUGCGCCUCGCCCUAGUUUCACGCAACAGAUCUAUCAGCUAUCAUUGCAGCAAGGCUCACAGAGACCUUCCAUUGCCAGCAGUUCAUCUUUUCUUGGCACACCUGCAGCUGUUCCACAAACUACUGCCCCUCCUCCUGUACAGGUUGUUCACCAUUCAUCAGCACUUUUCUCAAGCGUUCCAACCAGACCCCUCCAUAUCAGCCCUAUCACCCCACCCACUGGAAAUCACCAAGUUGGCAGUGAUAUCCGUGCCCCUGCCCCCCACCUUCAACCCUUCAGACCAGCCAUACCCAUGCCCUCAACCAGUCUCCCGUCGCUCAUGCGUGGGAUGCCAAGUCAGCCAGCACCUAGUAACCCCCCUUCAACUUCUUCCACUCUACCCCAACUUUCGCAGCUUCCAGCCCGUCUGCCUCUGACUUCAUAUCAAUCUUGUCAACAGAAUAGUGGCCAACGCCUUGAAAAUCCAGGUGGUUCUCUAGCUCUGAAUAACCCUCCGCUAUCUGCACUGGAAUUGCUUAUGGAUGUUGACAACCGAAUUGGGCCCAACCCUUGGAAUGUUUUGGCCCCUCCAUCUGAUACAAGUUCUAACCUUGAACUACUUGACACAUCGGAACCCAGGGCACUGGAUGGUACACGUGCCCAUGCAGGUUUGACAUCUGACGUUGUUUGUUUAUCAGAUGACGAUUGACGAGUCCUAAAGUAUUGUAAGGUAAUGAUUUGUCCCACCUUGUGCUGUCAUUCGUGGUUGUUGCCACAAAUGGGUUUUGGAGAGGGAUUCUGGAAUGGCCUGGGGACUAGGCUGAAACAGAGAUGCUCAUCUUUCACAAAUGAAUUUGCAUCUGUAUAUGGCUGAAUCCAUUUUGUUCUAAAGAAAUUAUCAAGUUGAAAUUCAUUUUUAAUUUUUAUUUUUCUCCUUCGCCUCGUUGCCGGAUGACAUUGUGUUCUGGUGGUCGACAAAUACAAUACCAAAUUUUUUUUUA